CGGGUGGGAGUUUUUUCCAUUAAAGUUUCGACUGCUCCCUGAGCCCCCAACUAUGUAAAUUGUUAGUGUCAAAUGUCAUUUUGUGUCCUGCUCUGGCUGGGGAGCUGUUUCACCUGCUACUAAUCCAGGAACACACACACACAGACAUGUGCUCCAAGGACCGCUAUUUGCAAUUGAUUUGUCCAGAUCUUCUGCCGGGCAAGUCGCCCAAUUGGUUAACCUACAGUAUGAAUCCCAACUGGUUUCAUCAGGAGGACGUGAUGCGGUCCAUCUACAGCGAAGAGGACCUGCAAUCGGAGUACCAAAUAAUGGGUCUAAUGAUGUCCGUGUCCCGGUCAAGGCGGCUGCCCCCGUCUGUACUCAGACGUGUCGGUGGCAUGGACAACAAAACGCAGCCCGAACCAACCGAUGCCGAUGUGGUCUUUGGCCGCUGCGACAAAUCGACGCCAGAGCCCCACUGUGGCUGGGGCAGAUCACGCAUCGAAUGGCUGUGGCAGCUGGAGCGACAGCAAAAGCUGAAUCAAGCCUGGCUAGAGCCGGUUCUCGGUUCUCUCGACCUGGCCAAGAGUAGAAGCCGCACGAGUACUGACAGCAGUGGCAGGAGCAAAAUCAGGAACAAGAGCAGGCGGCAUCAGGCAUGCUGCUGGUCCUGGCUGCGUCACAGCUGCGGCCUGGGCUUCGAUUCCGACACGGACAGCCUGGACGUGCCCUACUGCCGCCGCGAGACGAGUUCGUGAUUUGUGUUCCAUCUUCAACAGGGAGGAGCAGCAGCAGCAGCAGCAGCCCGUCGACAACUUUUUGGGUCAGCCGUGCAAUCUGAUUUCGAUUUCGAGUGUGUGUGCUGAGACCGCAAUUAAAUUCGUCGUCUCCAGGCA